AUGAUGGGCAGCAAGAUGGCGUCUGCCAGCAGGGUCGUUCAGGUAGUCAAGCCACAUACUCCAUUAAUAAGGUUCCCUGACAGAAGAGACAAUCCUAAACCAAAUGUAUCAGAAGUUCUACGAUCAGCAGGACUACCAUCUCAUACUUCCUCAAUUUCGCAGCAUUCUAAGGGAAGUAAAUCACCAGACUGGCUGAUGCAUCAGGGUCCACCAGACACUGCAGAGAUAAUAAAAACUUUACCUCAGAAAUACAGAAGGAAACUUGUGUCUCAAGAAGAAAUUGAAUUUAUCCAACGUGGAGGUCCGGAAUAA